AUGACUAGAAGCAAUCCUUUGGGAGAGCUAAGUUUUGACCCAGAAAUCAAAGACACAACGAGGAGAUCAAAAUUCUUGCGAAACAGAAAAGCUGCUGCUCAAGUUCCUAAAGAAGAUCAGAAGAAAAUGGCAGAGGUAGCAGCAGCUGAUCAACCUCAAGAAAGAGAGCUACAACCAGCUCAAUCCAGACUGCUAAGAGAUUAUUUUGUACCCCAAGAGGAGGAAGUUCAAACUCCAUUGGUGUACAAUGAUGUUGCAGCAGAGAACUUUGAUCUAAAAACUCAACUGAUCCAAUGGAAGGAGCCUAGAGCUACAACUAAGAAAGCAGUAGUGUUGGAGCUAGAUACUACAACUCACUUGCAAGCACAAAUGGCAGCUAUCACCAGUGAGCUAUCAAAGUUCAUGAGGCAAGGAGAUAACAGAGGAGGCUUCAUCAAUUACAACAAUUGGAGGCCACAGCAGAAUAACAACUGGACUAAUCAGCAGUCGAACUACCAAAGAUCAGCUCAACCACCUGGAUUUCAGAAUCAGCCAUUCAGAGUCAAGGAGGAAGACUGGAUCAAGGUUGGUAAUGUUCUUGGUAGUCUUGAUGCAACUGUAAAAGAUAUGCAAAAUCAGGAAGCAGCAAAAUUUUUCCGAAGAAAUUGGGAGAGGCAGGCAAUUGUGGAGCGAGGUAUGGUAGGGCAGCCAGAUCCGAAUUCCUACAUAGCGCUCCAUCAUUGGAAAGGAUUAUGCAAUGUCAUAAUCAGACCCAACCUCAGCGCAGUGAGAGAAUUCUACAGCAAUCUCAGAGGAGCCCCUAGGGAUGAAAUCACUGUAAAAGGACAGGUAGUCAACAUCAGUAUAGAAGCAAUCAGGGAGGUGCUCCAUCUCCUAGAAACGGAUUUCAACUAUGCGGAUGGAGCUUAUCAAGCAAUGGAUGACCCUUCAAAGGAUGAAUUUCCAUAUGUACUAUGCUCAGGAUCUGCAGAGGUGAAGUGGACAAAAUGUAAUGGCCUCCGCAAGCACUUCCCAGCCUCAAAUCUAAAGCCAGAAUACAGACAGUGGUACAACAUGAUAUGCACCAAUAUAAUGCCAAUGAUGCAUAAAAAAGGAUCCCUAUGA